UUUUUCAUAUAAAAUGGAGCUAAACCUAAAUCUUAAAAGCACUAAGAGUGCUAGAAGAAGACCAAGGCUCAAGCCAUUACAAAGAUUUUUAUGCUCAGAUAUCCGUAGCUUAGCUCUCCAAGAGUUAGAAUUAAGCGAGUCUAACAGCUGAAAGUCAAGCCUCAACUCAAAUCGGAAUUGUAGUUUAUUCAGCAUGGAAAGUUAUCCUGGUAGGGCAAUGUCGCCUUUCAUUGCGAUGAAAUCUGUCUGUGAGUUCAAUAAAGUAAUCAAGGGCAAAUCAUCAUUUAACAAUAACAAAGGUGUUAGUAAAUUUAAUGCUGAGCUUAUGCCAAUUCACUCUAAGUCUCAUGCUCAAAAAAUCAAUCAUGCGAAAUUAGUCCAGUCAGAUGCACUUCCCUGAUUGACUGAAUCAACCAAGACCCUUGAAUUGAACCCAGACCCACUUAAAAAUAUCCCAGCGCUACACUUGAAAGGAAGAGGAAGGAACUUACCUAGCCUAAUGACUGAUACAAUGCCUCACACUCCAGUAUUGAAAAUGUCUAAAUUCAAGAAAGUUAGCAGAGCUAUUGACCCGGAUCUUCCCAAAAUGCCAUCUUCAAAAUUUGGAACUAGUGCAAUGAAGACAAAUCCUGGUGAUUUAAAACUUGGCAAUAACAAUAUGUUAGACUAGACUACUAAAAAUGUAUCCUGCUGGUAAACAGACUGCAUCAGAGUAAAUUUUCAGAGCUCUACAGUAUAUCUUUGAGGAGGAACUCGGGCUUAUGAAAUCAUGGAUCUAAUCAUACAAUUUCAUAAAUCGUAAAUUUCACCUU